CCCGUUCAGUCGGUGGGCAGCCGCCGUUCCGACCGCUCGCGUCCACUCCGCGCGCUCCGCGAUGACGUUCACGCCACGUGAAUAUUUAUGAUGCGAUCAACGCUUAAAUGGCACAGCCGCGUCGCUCGCGUACCGUAAAAUGCCAAUGAAAACUUGCCGCAGAACUUUUCGUCUGUUAGUGUAUGUGUUGUUCUAUCAUGUGGUCGCCGCUGAGCCGCACGAGUGCGGGUACCGCCAGGAGACGGACUCUGAGGAUGCGGUGCUGUUCUGCAAGAUACGCACCAUCAGCAGCAUGGAUCUCCUGCUGCAGAACAUCUCCAGGACCCAUUACGACGACAUCACGUCGCUGCACGUUCAGUGCAGCGAGAUUCUGUUCUUCGAGAGCUCUUUAACUACUAACUCGGAGAAGAAAAGCAAACAUACGAACUUGUCAAAACUGCGGGAACUGGUUGUGGAUAAGUGUAAACUGCGACAGAUUCCCGCGCGGGCCUUUGAGAACUUCAAGGAUUUGAAGCGACUCCACGUGACGACGUACAACAACGAGUGGUCAGCCAUGACCAUGGAGAUCAACGAGCAAGCCUUCGCCGGGCUUAACGAGCUGAUAGAACUCAACCUGAGCGACAACAACAUCUGGAGCACGAAAACAGAAACUUUCUGCUCGCUCUACAGUUUGAAAACUCUAAACCUGACUAACAACCACUUGCAAAACAUAAAGACUAUCGGAUUUUCUGAUUCGUUUAGAGAACAAAACUUAAGCGUAAGAAGUUGUAACUUAGUUAUAGAAGUGCUUGACUUGUCGUAUAAUGAUUUAAUUGUAGUUACUGACAAUAGUUUGUCGAAGUUGCGUUCACUUUCCAAAUUGUUUUUGCAAAACAAUGCUAUUUCUACCCUAGAAGAUAAUGCCUUCGAGGGGUUGCUCAGCCUACAGGUCUUAAACUUAUCUAGUAACUUUAUGAACGAAGUUCCACCGGAUUUAUUCGCAGAUACGAAGUCUCUAAAAGAGAUUUAUUUCAGUAAUAAUACUAUGAAAGUAUUGCCGCCGGCGCUUUUUAACGGGUUAGAACAUCUACAAAUUUUAGACUUAUCACAAAAUGCACUGACUAGUAAAUGGGUGAAUAAGGGUACAUUUAAAGGACUACUUCGAAUGGUCAUAUUAAACUUAUCCUAUAAUCGUUUAAAUAAAAUCGACCGUUAUCUUUUCCAAGACUUGUACAGUUUACAAAAGUUAAAUUUAGAUCAUAACGAAAUUAAUUAUAUCGAUGAGCACGCAUUUGAAGAGUUGAGAAAUUUGCACUCAUUGACUUUAUCAAACAAUAAAUUAACGCACAUUCAUUCCCACCUUUUCACUGACUUGCAUGUUUUGCACGAACUUUUUAUAGACAACAAUUUAAUAAAGCACAUAGACGAGAACGCUUUUGACAACAUGACGGCUAUAGAAGACUUGGGUUUGAACGAUAAUCUUUUAUCGUCUAUUCCUGUAUCAAUUCGCAAGCUCCGCUCGCUGAGGUCAUUGGACAUUGGCAACAACAAUAUAACCCAUCUGAACCGGGAAAACUUUCGCGGCCUCUCCGAACUUUUCGGGCUGCGCUUAGUUGAUAACAAAGUAACAUAUUUAAAUGACGAUACUUUCGAACAUCUGCCCCAGUUACAGGUGCUCAAUUUAGCCUCCAAUAACAUCAAACACGUCGCGGCCGGUUGCUUUCGUAGAAACGUAAAUCUUAAAUUAUUACGCAUGGAUGGAAACGAAAUAACCAAUUUCGACGGUAUUUUCAGCACUCUCAACAGUCUGGUUUGGCUCAAUAUGUCCCAAAAUAAAAUUAUGUCCUUCGAUUUCCGAAGUUUCCCUAAUAGCUUGGAAUGGCUCGAUCUACAUAAAAAUUACAUUGAAAACUUUAUCAACGACGACAUGAAUACAGAUGUUAAUAUAAAAUUACUAGACCUAAGCUUCAAUAACAUUUCCCAGCUUACUGUGACUUCAAUACCGAAAUCGGUGGAAAAACUUUAUUUGAACCAUAACAAUUUACAGCACAUCCAAGUCGGCACGUUUUCAAAACUACAAAGACUGUCCAUUGUGACGUUAAAUAAUAACAAACUGAUCCAACUUGACAUGAAUGCAUUUAGGUUAGAUCAAAUAGAUGAAGAUAGCGACCUGCCAGAGUUCUUUAUAAGUGAAAACCCAUUUGUGUGUGAUUGUUCGAUGGAAUGGAUUCAACGCAUUAAUUAUUUGAGUCACACUCGUCAAUACCCGAGGGUUCUAGAUUUAGAUAAAUCGCUGUGCUCGCUCGUGUACUCGCGCACUAAAGAAAAGAAAACUAUAAUAGACAUGUCGCCUUCUGACUUCCUUUGCCCGUACGAGAGCCACUGCUUCGCUCUUUGCCAUUGCUGUGAUUUCGUCGCCUGCGAUUGCGAGAUGAUAUGCCCGAGCAACUGUAGAUGCUAUCACGAUAUCACUUGGAAUGCGAACGUAGUCGACUGUUCGAGCGCCGGCUACACAGAAGUCCCGGACAGAAUUCCAAUGGACGCCACCGAGAUAUACUUGGACGGAAACGAUAUCAGUCAUCUGGGAAAUCACGUUUUCAUAGGCAAAAAGAAGCUACAGGUUUUAUACCUCAACAAUACAAAGUUGAUGGAAGUUAAUAACCAAACAUUCAAAGGCGUCGAUUCACUCAGGGUUUUGCAUUUAGAAAACAAUAAAUUAGUCGAGUUAAAAGGAGACGAGUUUUUACAUCUGAAUAAUUUGAAUGAAUUAUACUUAGAUCACAAUGCGAUUGUUCACGUUGCGAAUAAUACAUUUUCUUCGCUGAAAUCCCUUUCAGUGCUCAGAAUAGACGACAACAAACUUGUUAACUUUUUUCCUUGGAAACUGUUAGCGUCGUCUUCUAAAAGUUUAGCUCAUGUUUCUAUAGAAGGCAACCAAUAUUCUUGCGACUGUAAGAGUAUAGCGGAACUAGAUUCUUGGUUGCGUCGCGAUCCAAAUGACCCGGAAAAAAUGUUAUGCACUGAUACCGAGGGCAAGCCUACAAAAAUAACAAUCGCUUCUGUGUUGAGUCAUUGCAAAGAGUACAUGGGCUCUAUUAGCGAUCCCACAGUUAUGAGAGACGAGAUCGUUUCAAAAUCUAUAUUUCUUCCGAACAAUUAUUUCGCCGUGAUCUGCGGUGUGAUAAUUAUCCUUGUAGUCAUUUGUCUUAUAGGUGCUAUAUUUUACGCGUUUCGGUAUGAAGUCAGUGACUGGUUCUAUACGAAAUACGGAGUCCCGUUGUUCAAGGAGCAAUCAUGCCCGGAUGUCGAUCACGUUUUGGACGGCAACCCAAACCACAUGUACGAUUACUACGUGAUAUGUAAUACCAAAGAUAAUAACUUCGUGAAUCAUAACAUAAUGUCAGAGCUAGAGUAUAGGAAAAUGAUUUCGAAGAAGACGAUUAGGAACGAGUCACCGCUAAAUAUUCUCACAAUUGACAGUUUUUCAAAAAGUUCCAAAUUGUCCAAGCGCUUAAUCAUCGUCAUUACAACCAAUUUUAUUUGCGGUGAUCUUUGCGACAUCCAUUUCAAAAACAUAUUCUACAGCUACUUAAAAUCGUUAAACAGGAGUGAUUUGAACAAAGUGAUAUUUAUUAAGUUAGUAGAUAACAACCAAAUAAAUGACGAGCUCUGUUUCGUGUUAGAUAAGUUUAAGAACGUGUCCUGGGGCGACCCCCGCUUUUGGGACCGAUUCGUAGCUCUGCUAAAUUCGACCGAUACUAUUAUCACAGUAAAAGGUUCCGAGCAAAGCAUGUUCAAGAAGUCUCGACAGACGCCGACGUUGAGGUACACAACGAUGCCGGUCACAAACGAUAGUUGCUCAAAGCAGAAUUUCACGAAUUCCUUACAGUAUUGUAAGAGGGACGGCGAAUCGUCUAACAACGAGAGUUCGCCGUCAUCCGACAACACGUACGGAGAGGGGGAGAACUCGAACAAUAGCUACAUGUCCAUCGACAACCGUACAUGUCCUCGGUUUAAUUAUGACCUGAGGUCCCCGGGCGCCGGUCACGUAUAUUCUAGGGUAGAAGAUAUUUCCCCCACUGUCCCGCGCUCUAUAGCGGCCAGCGCUUCGGGAAAAGGCCGUACUUAUUUUGUUUGAGGCACAAUCUCGUUACUUACCCACGUUUUAGUCUAGUUUUUAAGGCUUCAAUGUUGUAACAAGUAUUUAUAUAAUCUGUAUAUAAAACACUGUGAAUAACGUACCAUUCUGUCAAUUUUCACAUACGUAAUCUAGUGUGGUAUUAAAUGUUGGUACGGUAAUUUAUAAUGUACGAAUCGAAACAAUAUUUUGUACAAAAAUGGCGUGAAAAUGUUGAGUCUGAUAAUGGAAAACUUUUCAAAUAUUUAAAUUUAAUAUUAAUCGUAUUUUACAAAGUUUAUUCGAGCUGAAUGAAGUUCGCAAAGUCACUGUAAAACAACACCAAAUAGUUUAAGAUGAUUUUCAUGAUUUUCCUAUAAUAAUCAUUAUUAUAAUGUAAACUAGUAAUGUUAAAAAUAUACUUACUUAUAUCUUUAUUUACACAGUCCUCUUGCUUAAAAUAGUCAUAAUUAUAUCUAUCGCGUCAAAUGAUGAUCCCUAUGACAUUUCCUUCAAGUCGCGUUUGGUUAAAAAAUAAUUGGUUUUUACCGUAUUUUAUUUACUUAAACGUGACAUAGGGUACAUCGCCAAUUAUUAGCCAGUUUUCAAUUACUGGCCACCUAUACUAAAAUGAAUUCUGUGUAUAGGUGAAUAGAACUCAUUUUUGUAAGAGGCGGCCAGUUAUUGAACGAGUGGGUUGUGGAUAAAUUUCAGUUACUGGCCAUUUUCCUUAUACUGAAAAUGAGUUUUAUUUAUCUGUAAAUAGAAUUCAUUUUUGGAAUAGGUGGCCAGUAAUUGAAAACUGGCUAAUAAUUGGAUUUUCGUACCUUAUAUACUAAAAUGAACUUUGUUCACCUAUAAAUAGAAAUCAAAUUAAGUGGCCAGUAAUUGGGGGGUGGCUAGUAAUUGGCGAUGUACCCUAUAUAAAUUAAUGUGCUAGACUUCCAAAAAAUGUCUACAGACAUUUUACGAGACAGCUACUCCAUAUAAAAAUGAACUGUCAUAAGAAAAAGUUUUUUUAUAGGGGCCAUCAUUCGAAGUGAUAGGUAUAUGUGACGUUCCAUGGGAAAAGGUUCCUUAUGGCGGUUGGCGCUUACGAUUAUUACUAACGCCGCUUCCGCCAUAUUAUUGCGUGGUGCUAUGCGACGUAAGCGCCAGCCGCCAUAAGGUACCUUUUCCCGUAGAACGUCACAUAUUAUUUUAAAAUACUUAACUUAUUUUUAGUUCGUUUCGUUUCAGCUUUUUAAAUAUUAUAUUGUAUUAUAAGUUAUUAUUAUUGGCCAAUUUUAUUUUUGCUUAUUGGAAUAUAUUAUUUAUAGCUAAAAGCAAGUAUGUUGAUGUAAUAUUGAUGUGCUUUCUAACAAUAUAACGGAAAGAUGUAAUAUAAUCUAUGUUCGCGAUGUUAAAGUUAUCUAGACCUUUACGGCUACCACGAGUUGACAUUUGACAUUUACUAGCGACUGCGUGAACUCGAUCGCAGUCUCUCUCGAUCGCACGAUACGAGUACAUCAGUGCGAGCGAGUUCACACAGUCGCUAGCGUAAACUUCAAAUGUCAACUCGUGGUAGCGGUACUAAUUGCUUUACGUACCUAUUAUUCUAUAUUUAAGCUAAAUCGUGAUAUUAGGUUUAACAAUUAUAAACUUAAAUAAAUGUAAUUUUUGGAUUGUAAUUAUUAGACGUAAUAAAAUAUUAUUGUUUUGUAUAAAAAUGUACAAAGAUAUCUUGAAGCGGUAAUUAAAUUAUACUGAGACGUUUUGAUACUUACAAA